UCUCGUCGACCGAGACAAGUCCUCUCCGCCUCCAAGCUGACGCGCCCAACCCACAGCCACAUCCCACAUGGCCCCGCUCGCCGGCGGCGACUCCCCGCCCCUCCCGCCGCCGGAGCCGUCAAAGGGCAAGGCCAAGAUGGACGGCGAGGCGGAGGUGGAGGGCGCGGGGAAGAUGUGCGGCAUCUGCUACGUCGACGGCGGGCGGGCCAUCCGCGGCGAGAUCGACUGCUGCGCCCACUACUUCUGCUUCGUCUGCAUCAUGGCCUGGGGCCGCGUCGAGUCCCGCUGCCCAUUCUGCAAGGCCCGCUUCCGCACCAUCCGCUGCCCGCCCGUCCCGGGGCGGUUUCCCGACGAGCGCAUCGUCUCCGUCCCCGAGCGCAACCAGGCAUACUGUCCCCAGGGCAACGGGAGCACCACGGUGGGCCGGGAUCCUUACGCGGACACCAUCUGCACCGUGUGCAACGGCUCCAGGGACGACGAGCUGCUGCUGCUCUGCGAGCUCUGCGACUCGGCCGCGCACACCUACUGCGCCGGGCUGGGGACCACUGUGCCGGAGGGGGACUGGUUCUGCAAGGACUGCGCGACGAUCAGGGAGGAGCAGUUGAGGUGGCUGGCUGAGAAUGAGGGCCAGGACAGCCAGGGUGAAUUUGAGAUCAGCAUCGAUGUUCCCAGAGCUGAGCCAGUUGCAGCCCCUUCUGUUUCUGAUGUUGUGGAUGAUGAGCAUGAUCUGGAUAGGACAGAUGUGUGGAGUGGUAGGCUUUCCAUGGAUGACCCGGUUCCUUCCAUUUAUGACAUUGUGGGUGACGAUUUCGCUACCAGUGCCGGGAUCUUUAGGAGGCCUGCAAGGAAUGCUGAGGAUUUUCCAUCACAGGGUACUUCAUCAGCUGGAUCUCAGUGUCCUGGAUUGACCAAGGGACGAGAUAAUGGUCUUGGGGCGUAUCAUGCUCGCAUUCGCCUUGAAGUUGAGAGAGCUAGAACACUACGUAACUCCCGCAACCUUGAUAAGCGCAUAAGGGAGCUGCGGGACAACUGGGCUGCCCUGCGUGAUGGUUCUCUGGGUUUUGCUCCACGUGUGCCUAACGGAAGAAGGAAAGAUAUGAAUGGUUCCGUUUCUGUUGCUACCGAGCAGUGUCACACGGUGCCUGGAACUGUCAGUUACAGAAAUGGUGCUGCUGCUACUUCUGUUCAGCUGCCAUCGCCUUCCCCUCAGGAAACUAGCACCUCACUGGGACAUAGUAAAAAAGUCUCGCACAAGGAUGCUCGUGAUGCCCGUAAGGCAUGGAAAAGGUUGGAGAUGGCAAAGGCUUCUGGUGGGAAGAAGAUAUCUAGCAAACCUGCCUCCCUUAGCUGCAGCCCCCCAUUUUCCAUGGGGAAUAGAUCAACUUCUUACAGUCCGAUUGAUACAGUCUUGGGACACAAGAACCGUAAGCAGCCUAAUAAGGCGCCUCAACAAAAUACCGCAAACUGUGGUCAGGGUACAAAAAUGGAAAGUACACCGCCGGCAAAAUGCACAGGAGAAUGCCGUAGCUUGUCUGAGGACAGUCGUUCGCGGAUUCAAGAAAGGACGAUUUCUUUUCAGACUCGAAUAAAUCAGGAUAGUCUAAACGGUGAAGUUGCCUCAUCAUCAACUCAAGAUCAACAUGUUGAUCAAUCGUUAGCACCUUCAUGUAGUACAGGCAUAUUAGAGAAAUCCAAAUCGCUGCAUCCACUAAAGUGCAGUUCAUCAUCCGGUCAGUCCCCUCCGACUUCAUCACUACAGUUGGGACCUAGUGCUGGGAGCCAAUCUACUAUGAUGGUAAACCCUGAGGAACCCCCAGCUGUUAGUGCCGCGACAACCAAUGAAAUAGGUAGUGCUGCAACCACUGAAGUUAGAAAAAGUUCUAGAGCAGACCGUCAUGAGCGCAAGAGGAAACACAGUUCUGAAAAUUGCAAUGCUGGAGGAUCCAAAAGGUCCAGGUCAGCCUGUAAAAUUGCAAAAAGUGAGAUUUCUUCGUUGGCUGUUCGUGAGCUGAAACUACUUAAGAUAGACAAAAUGCACGGCUCUGAAACAUUCAAGGAAGUUGCUCGGACAGCAACACAUACCGUCUUGGCUGCCUGCGGAUUUGAGCACUCGCCAUCGCAAUCCCUUGCACUCCCAAGACCGAUUUGCAAACACAGCCCCAAAGUCAAACCGCUGAAGUCAUCAGAGAUCACCGAUUCUUGCAGCGAAUGCUUGCGUAUGUCUGUGAAAGAAGCCAUCAGUUUAGCGUUGUCAGGUAGGCAUAUGGAUCAAACCAGUGCCUCCUGUUAGAUUCUAGACAUAUAGUCUUGAGAUUCUUUCUUGUCUGCUCAUUGUGAAUAUCUUACAGCACAAACUAGAGACAAGUUGUACAUUUCAUAUUUUCAUAGCAUGUCAAUACCAUCCUAUAGUGUAGUUGCUAGGUCUGAUCAGUCCUUUAACAACUAACAUUCUCUUUAUUUUGCCAUGACCAUGGUUGUAGUACUAGAACCAAACAUUUUCGGGCUCAUGAGGUGUGGUUGGUGCACCUGGAGCACGGAAUGGGUCUCACAUCAUAACAUGGUUGGGUUUUGUAAA